UGUACUCUGAUGAGAGCAGUGAAACUUUCCCCCUCAUGCUCCCAGCCUCCACUCCCUUCCGGACUCCUUGCCUUGCAAAAGUGUGCGCAGACCCGGCAGACCGCUGUGGAGAGGUUCAGGAUUUGGGGGGCUUUGUUUUUAACAAUCUAACGAAGAAAAGGUUUUGUUUGUUUUUUCAAAUCUUGGCUGAUCGCUCUACUAAACCCAAGUAGGACUACAGUGCAAGUUUCCCUUCACUAACGAACUUUUACUCAUUUGGAUUAAUCAGAUAGAUUAUGGAAAAGCUUGUGAGAGAGCGCCUUUCCUUAGCGCGCGGGAUACGCACGGUCCUUCUGGCACUCGUACUUUGCGCGCAGGCUUGUUUUGGCUUUUCGGUCGCUGGACAGCAGGAGAGCACCUGCGAGGCCAAUGGCAGCAUUUACUACAUGGGAGAAUGGUAUUUCCUGGACUCUGAUCACUGCACUCAAUGUGAGUGCACCGCUGAGGGCUCCGUGUGUGCCCGCACUGAAUGCACCUCUCUCCCAGCUGCAUGUAUCCACGUUAGCCACUACCCCACCGACUGCUGCCCCAGGUGUGAAAAAAUUGGGUGCGAGUAUCGAGGGGUGGUGUACGAGCUAGGACAGAACUUCCAGCCAUCAGAAUGUGAGCAGUGCACUUGUGACAGUGAUGGCAUUGCCCGCUGUCUUGUGGCAGAUUGUGCGCCUCCACCAUGUGUCAACCCUGUCUAUCAGCCUGGGAAGUGCUGCCCUGAAUGCAAGGAGGGUCCUAACUGCUAUGUUGAUGGAUCACGCAGUAAAGUGAUUCCUGCAGGAGAGCCCAUCUGGGUUGACUCCUGCACCAAGUGUCGUUGUCACGACGGCCAAGAUGCUGGUUACUGGGAGGGAAACCGCCUCGCCACCUGUUCCCGCCUCAGAAACUGUAAACCUCACCAGCCGCCCACCCAGAAAAACUGAUUCUCUGUCAGUAGGUAGACUGUCAGAGGUCUACAUUUCUUAAAAUACAUGUUGUUUAAAGAAGCAGUAUGUUAAUGUACUGUACAGUACUGUGCAAAUGUCUUAAGCCACCGGUUCUUUCUUUUUCUUUUUGCUAGAAAAAUGGGAAAUAGCUGCAUAGAUUUAUUUAAACUUGUGCAAACACACAUAGAAAUACAUAAUAAAAGGCAAAAACAGAGUUUGUACUAUGCAGUGGAAGGGCAUCUGUCAAGGAGUGAAUAACAGAUGGAUCAGCUGAAAGGCCACAUACAACUCUCAGGUCCUGUGUCAGGUCUUUGCUGGACUUUAAGAUGCUGUUUAUAUGCUGCAGAUUUUUGUUUGAGACUGCCACUUUUCCUCCACUUGUCCAGUUCCUCAAAUUCCUUAAGUUCACACUGCACACAAUGUCAAAAUAUGACAAGUUUUCUGCUAGAAGUUCUUUCGGACCUUCGCUUCUUGUUGGUGCAAAAAUACUAUUUUCUGUCUCUCAGAUUGUGUUAACUUUGAUAUUUUUUGUAUCAUGUGCCUAAACAUAUGAUUUUAAAUUUGCUAAAUUGUCUCUUAUCUAAUCUCUCUUACACUGGUUCAUCUCUUGAGUUUUUUAUUUUAUUUUAUAAAAGACCGCCCUUCAAAAAUAAUCAAAACAGCAAAGACCGUCCAAAACGGUCCAAAGAAAAAAAAUUGCAAAGCCUCUCAAAGUUUGGAGAACUAUUGCUCAGACCAAUUUGAAAAAUUACAAUAAAGCCUGCCUACUUUGAAACAAAAUAUAAAGAAUGACAUGUGGCUCAAGACUUUUGCACAGCAUUGUACCUUAGGCAACAGGACAAGGAUACCUAAUCCAACAUUUCAGUGUAACAAACAACACUAAAGCUGUCACUGACAGGACACUAGCUGAGAAUUAUAAGAACUUCAAAAACACAAAAUUAGGUUCCAGUAAUGUUGUUUUGAAUGGACAACAAACACUCCAACACUUGUUCCCAAUACCUGCACUACUACAGAAGAAUCUUUAAUGAAACAAAUCUAACAGGAACAAGUAAAUUAAACGACCCUUGAGUAGUGGCCUUCCUAUCAUGAUUGGUGUUUUUCUGAGAGAGAGAGAUGAGUGGGCUAUUGCAGACCUUGGGGAGGACCAAGGAGGUAUUUCAAGCAUCAGAACAAAGCCAAUGUAAUUAUUGGAUGACAAGAAAUGAUAAUUGACCUGUCACCAGCUGAUGCAGCAGUAAAAUGCAUGCAUCACUGUGAUGCAAUUUAGACUAGGAAACAGCAGAACGGAGCAAUAAACAACUUUGUGUCUGUUCUAUAAAUAUUGUAGUUCAAUUUCCAUGCUAAUUGAAAUAUAAUGUAUGAGAGUAUGGCCUGACAUAUGACUGUACAGUAGUUGUAGACAAGUGUAAUAUUUGAAAGCAGGGGUUCAUUUAGGAGAAUGUGAUUUGUACAUGUACACUGUAGAGCAGAAAAAAAACAACAAUCUGUAACUCGCAGCUUUGCUCAUUUUUCACAAGAAAGGUGUAGCUUUGAUACAAACAACCUUCUACAUUAUUUGCACUCUCCAAGUGGAAAAUUAUGAUUUUCUGUUUUCAGAAUGAAAUGUAGCAUGAAGUAUAUUGUCUUUUUUUUUUUAAACAGAAACAUUGAUAGGCAGCAGGCCUACCUUCUGUAAUUUGUCAUCAUUUCUCACUUUGAUCAUGAGGGACAUUUCAUAGAAAAAAAACAAAAGUGAUUUCAAGUUUAAAACUCUGUGUUUACUGCUUUGACAUUACAUAAUAAUCUCGAGCUGCUGCUGCCUGCAUCAGUGCCAUUGAUCCAUUGUAGCUAAAUAUCAUUAAUAAGCAGACGCUGUGUUUGUAUUUCACAAAAUAUGAAAGAAUUCCUACAAGUGCAGCUUUCAAUUUACUGGCUGAUAUGAAGGGAACUGAUGUGAUGUGAUGCUGCAUACCUUUUUUGAUAAUCCAUACAGGUGUGCAGAGAAAAUGUGCAAAGAUUCUUCAAAUUAAAACUCCUUUUUCAUGCCCAUUAAA